AAAAUAUACCUUAUAGAAAUUGGGAUUAUCCAACACUUUUUAAAAAUCCUUUUAAAGAUUAUAGCAAUGAAAUAACUAUUUGGGAUGAAAAAUAUCCUGAUCAUGAUCGACAUAUUCAAUAUCUCGAAGAAGGAUAUGAUUUAGAUGCUAAAGUAAAUUCAGAUACUGAAGUUAUAGAUGCUGAAGUUAUAGAUACUGAAUCAUAUCUAACAAAAAUUUCAGAUGAAAAUAAUAUUUACAAAAGUGAUAUAAUAUUAGCAAAACAAGCAGAAGGUACUGUAGGAUUUUUUGUUACAAAUUCUACUUAUUCUAUAAAUGCAUAUAAUGAGGCAAGUAACUCAAAGCAACAAAUUAUUCUUUGUACAAAAAAUAAUGUGAUUGAAAAAAUCAAAGCAACUAAAUUAAAUUUAGAAAACAAAGAGUUACAAAAAAAUUCAUUUAAAUUAAAUGAUUUGGUAAUCAAAGAUCUUAAAAUCGAUUCUGGUGAAUCUACUAUAUAUCUGUUUGGUAUAAAAAUUGAUGGAAAAUAUAGAAUUGGAUCUAUGCAAAUUAAAGAUAAUUUUAAAAUAAAAAAACAUAUUACUGAACUUGAGAUUUUAUUAAAAAAGUUAAUUGACAAUAUUAACGACAAGGAAUAUUCUUUAAAACAAGAAUAUUUAUCAGAAU